AUGGCGACCAGUCAAUUAGAAAGCAUCUUGAGACGCGAUGAUAGGUUUCUAAAGGAGAUUUGGACUUGGUUUGGUGUUGGGGCUCUCGUCAUACUACUGCGGUUCUUUGUGAGGAUUCGCAUGGUUGGUCCCAGAAGCCUCAGGGGAGAUGACUAUGCAAUGCUUGUCACCCUGUUCCUCUACACCGUCUGUUUUGUGAUGGUUGACUUGAUCGAUAUGGCACGAAUGUGGACCUCACAGCUGCUCAGAUUAGCACUCUAUCCGACGAAGAAGUGGCACGACUUGUACUGGGCUCCAAGUUCCAGCAAGUAG